AUAACUGAAACUUAAGAGACAAAAAGCGCCUGCCCAUACAAUUUCGAAUCUCCGCCUCCGCCGGACGGAACCUUGCGAAGAUGGAAGUCGAGUCGUUCAUGACGGAAUUCCUUCGGCAGGUCGGUGGGGUUGCCGUCAUCGAUGGUGGCUUGGCAACCGAACUCGAACGACUCGGUGCUGAUCUCAACGAUCCUCUCUGGAGCGCUAAAUGCCUCCUCAGUUCCCCUCACCUCGUUCGCUCCGUACGCUGCUCUCUUUCUCUAUCUGCUCCGUUUUACAUGUCUGUCUUUAGAUCUUUUAGCUAUUUGUUUCGAGUUUCUUCAUUUUCCCAUUUCGGUAAUGCGAGAAAAUGGGUGAGAAAAUAAAACUCUUCUAUAUCUUGAAUAUCAAUCUGUUAACAGAGAUUCAAUUCUUUUACCAAUGUGAAAGUUUCUUAGAAAUUCAUUGGUUUCAGUAAAUAUUUCUCACCAAUUGAAGGUAGAAUAUUAGGUUAGUGCAAAUUCAUUGGUUUCAAGAGUCUUUGUGGGGAAUUUCCUGUAUUCUGGAGGUUACUUCUGUUGUCUUUGAACUGAAUUCAGCACUUAUAUUUGUUUGCCCUGAAAGGAAAAGUUAGAUAUGUGGCCGGAUUAUGGUCAAGAAUGCAUAAUGAAUAUAUGGGAUUGGACUUGGUGCCUGGUCCAUUAUGGAAUUAUUAGUAGGGGUUUAGAGUUGCUUCUCCACGGUCUAUAACCAGCUUUCUGGAUUUCUUUGCUUGUGGGCAAGGUUGUUGUAGUCUUUUAUCUCUCUUUUGUUGCUCCCUUGAGUCCCUCCUGAAAAGGAAAAAUGAAAAGA